ACAAACAAUUGACACAGUUUUUUCAAGUUUGUACAGAGGAGAGAGAGACUGGAGUGUGGUUUUCUUUUGAUGGCACCUCUCUUCUCUCCCAUCAAAUUCAACUGAAAUCGCCGCAAGCAAUCGGUAAAGGACAAAUAUUGUUGGCAGUUAAAAUUGAAAAGAUGGUUGGGAUGAUGGUCCAUGAGUACCAGCUGCUUAUUACAUUUUUCAACAUUAGCAAGUGAUGUUCUUUUUGUAAUCACGUGUCCUAUGCUACCACAAUGUGGAAUUUUUCAUCCGGCUGCAUAGCUAGAUGCGUUGGACUGAAGAAAAACUUGGUAAACCCAAUUGAUGCUGCUUUUGAAUCCUCAGACGAUGAAAUUUCUUGGAACACCAUCACAGAAGAGGUUCUAGAGUGCCCAAUUUGCUGGGAAUCUUUCAACAUUGUCGAAAAUGUACCUUAUGUUUUGUGGUGUGGCCAUACCCUUUGUAAAAAUUGCAUCCUAGGGCUGCAGUGGGCUGUUGUCAAAUUUCCAAGCCUACAAAUUAAGCUUCCACUUUUUAUCUCCUGCCCAUGGUGCAAUCUCUUGUCCCUCCGUCUGGUUUAUAGGGGAAACGUCAAGUUCCCUCGCAAGAACUUCUUCCUGCUUUGGAUGGUUGAGAGCUUGAAUGGUGAUAGAGUGAAAUCACUUUCUCCUCUGUGUGAGAAUCAUCACCAACCAAUCUGGCCGCCAUACAGCAGCUUAGCAUCAGGAAGCCAAGCCAGCCACCCUAUCCUCCGGAGGGGUCAACAUAUUCACCAUACUGAACCUUCUCGCUCAAACCAUGUUCAAAACCGUGUCAAUACCGUGGAGAGAUUACACCCUUCCCUUAGGAAGUCUCUGGCUUUCUUUGCCCAUUUGACAGCAAAGUUCCCACUGGUUUUCAUAUUCCUUCUGAUUGUGGUAUAUGCAAUUCCUACCAGUGCAGCUAUCUUAGCCUUGUACAUACUCGUCACUGUCGUAUUUGCCCUUCCGUCGUUUCUGAUUCUGUACUUGGCAAUACCUAGUUUGGAUUGGCUGGUGAGGGAAAUCAUCUCUUGAAAUGCCGUUGGGUUCCUAGUCCUUGGAUCCUGUGAAUAGAAGAAGUUUGCACCUGAAAAUAGUAUCCAUCUCUGUUGGAACCAAACCCCAUCAAUGGUGUAAUUCGACGACUCUACUCUUUCGUUAGCAAUCUUGCAGUUAACUUUUUGGCUUGUGCAUACAAAGCAGUUGAAAAGUUAUUGUAGCAGUUGUUUUCUGGGUAGCUUGCUUUCUUGUUUGUAUGGACUGAAAAUGUUUAAUAUGCAUGUUCCUGUGUUAUGUGGUAUCAAUUAUACAUAUUCUGUUUUCUGGUGUGGCAGUGUGUCCAAUGGAGCAAUUCAUAGUAGAUUCUUAUUUUUGCUAA